CUGCGGGGUGGCCGCCCCAGCCCGCGGGGCCGCAGAAGCCCCUCCCCCACGGGCGGGACCCCUCCCCCACCCCCCUUCCCAGAGGCCCGGAAACCGCGCCGAGUCCGCGCCGGCCCCUCACUUGGAAGAGGUGAGGUUGGUUUUCCUGUUGUGGAAAACUUGGGACCCGCAGAAACGCCGUCAGAAGGACAUAACCUCCCCGUGGGUCGCCUCCCAGCCGGCCCGACCUCAGGGGUGUGCCCUGACCCCACCAUGACCUUGGACGAGUCUCCGUCCCCGCCAGGGGGCCGCUGUCUGCGGGGGGAAGCGCAGGCUGCCUUGGGAACCACGGUGGGAAGCCUGUCACCGCUGCUUUGGGUGGUCGGGGCCAGGCCCGCCCCCGAGACCGAAAUGCACCUGUCCUCCGCAGCCCUGUUCCGAGCAGCCCACACCUCCCUGGCCUCUGCAGGCCGUCCUGGGGCAAGAGGGUCCCUGCCGUGGUGCGCCCUUGGCCCCGGCCUGGCUGUCCUCCCAUCCCCUCCGGGAAGAAGCCUGGGAGUCAGGAAACAUUCGGGUUUUGUGUCCGUGGGGGACGCCUUCCCUGCCCACCUGGGCCUCAGGGUGCAUCCUGGUCUCCACCCAGCCCUGGGCAAGAUGGGAGCUGAGGGGUCUGAGGGCGCACUCCCAGGCCUGGGAAGUGGGGUGUGCCCUCCCCGCCCCCCCACCCCAUCCUGAGGGAGGGGCCUUGACCAGGUUGCUGCAGAGGAGGCCCAGAGCUUGACCUAGGUACUGGGACGGUCUGGUUCCCAGGGGUUGGAGCCAGCCCCGCCCACCUGCUAUUAAGGGGCUACAUUCAGAGCCUCAGUCUCCCUGUCCGUGAAACAUCCUUCUGGGCUAGAGGUAAGGGUUGGUGCCAUGGUGCGCGUGGGGUGCUGGUGCAUGGGUGACGUGGCUGUUACUGACCCCUGAGUGAUUCUCCUUACUCCCCAAGUGGCUUGAUUAGGAACUGAGGCCAGGUGGGAUCGGGGAGCUGCAUGGGACUCGCCUGAGAGUAAGCCUGUCCCGCCCCAGGGGCUCACUCACUGGUGGGAGACGGGACGCUUGGAGGGCAGGCACGGCUCCUAGAGGAAGGACCCAUGUAACCCAUCCAGGACCCAGAGCGUGGGGACCGCAUACUGGGAGAGCGUGGAGGGAGUCUGGCAGGACCGAGGUGCUAUCUGUGCUGGGCCCUGCAGGCAGGCUCCUGGGCCCACGGUCGCCCCGUGUGCCUGGGUCCGCCCCAGGUCCCCCCCCGCCCCCCCCCGAGGCCCAGCGCUGCUCCGGCCUGUCCUCCUCCUACCCAUCAACCUCUGACCCCUGCCCCCAGCCUUCAGGGCCCUCUGGGAGCUGAAUGCCCACCCAAGGCCCCGCUCCCUCCACCUCACGGCAUUGUGCGCCACCGGCCGGAAGUCUUCUGACCUUGUCCUGCCACAGCGACACCCCCCCAGCUCCCGGCCCCCCAUCCACUGUUUCUCUGCUUUCCUGUUUUUCAUUUUGAACAAAUGUGACGGAAGCAGAUGUGGUGGCAGGGACAAGGAGGGCUGAGGCCCAAGCCUUCCUGUUCUUCCCUGGUCCUUGCUGCCCCUCAGCGGCCCCUGGAGCUCCCCGGGGCCCUCCUGCCGCAGCCCCUCCCAGGGCGGGAGCCAGGGAAUCGGGAGGGCCGGCUCCCGGGCCUCCGGGUCAAGUACGUCUUCCUGCUGUGGCUGGGCAUCUUUGUGGGCAGCUGGCUGGUGUAUGUGCACUACUCGACCUACGCAGAGCUCUGCCGCGGGCACGUCUGCCAGGUGGUCAUCUGUGACCAGUACCGCAAGGGCAUCAUCUCCGGCUCCAUCUGUCAGGACUUGUGCAACUUGCACAAGGUGGAGUGGAGGGCCUGCCUCUCCUCCGUUCCUGGCUGGCAGGUAUACAGCGGGCUGUGGCAGGGCAAGGAGGUGACCAUCAAGUGUGGCAUCGAGGAGGGCCUCAACUCCAAGGCCAGGUCGGACGCGGCCCCCCGGCAGGAGCUGGUACUGUUUGACAAGCCCACACGGGGCACCUCGAUUAAGGAGUUCCGAGAGAUGACCCUCAGCUUUCUCAAGGCGAACCUGGGGGACCUGCCGUCCCUGCCGGCGCUGGUCGGGCGGGUCCUGCUCAUGGCGGACUUCAACAAGGACAGCAGGGUGUCCCUGGCGGAGGCCAAGUCGGUGUGGGCCCUGCUGCAGCGGAACGAGUUUCUGCUGCUGCUGUCCCUGCAGGAGGACCACGCCUCCAGGCUGCUGGGCUCCUGUGGGGACCUCUACGUCACCGAGGGCGUCCCACACGGCUCCUGGCACGGGGCCGCUCUCCCACCCCUCCUGCGCCCGCUGCUGCCCUCCGCCCUGCACACGGCCCUCCAGCAGUGGCUGGGGCCCGCGUGGCCCUGGAGGGCCAAGAUCGCCAUCGGGCUCCUGGAGUUCGUGGAGGAGCUUUUCCACGGGGCCUACGGGACCUUCUACAUGUGCGAGACCACGCUGGCCAACGUGGGCUACACGGCCAAGUACGACUUCAAGAUGGCGGACCUGCAGCAGGUGGCGCCCGAGGCCGCCGUGCGCCGCUUCCUGCGGGGCCGCCACUGCGAGCACAGCGCGGACUGCACGUACGGCCGGGACUGCAGGGCCCCUUGCGACAAGCUCAUGCGCCAGUGCAAGGGCGACCUCAUCCAGCCCAACCUGGCCAAGGUGUGCGAGCUGCUGCGGGACUACCUGCUGCCCGGCGCCCCCGCCGACCUGCGCGAGGAGCUGGGCAAGCAGCUGCGCACCUGCACCACGCUGAGCGGGCUGGCCAGCCAGGUGGAGGCGCACCACUCCUUGGUGCUGAGCCACCUCAAGACCCUGCUCUGGAAGAAGAUCUCCAACACCAAGUACUCCUGAGGGGCGCCCCCCUCCCGCCCUCCCGCUCACCAGGGGGCGCCCGGGGCCCUAGCGAGCCACUCCUCCCUCUUCGCCCUGCCGGCCGGGUCUGCCAAGGAGGCCAGGGCCAGGACCGAGGCGGGGUGGGGGCCUGGCCAGGCGGCCGGUCUGCACAGAAGCCCGGGAAGUGGUGUGGAGCCCUUCCCCCACCCCCUGCCUUCCCAGCUCUCCAGACCCCACGACCCGAGGGGCUGUCGAGCUGGACCAGGAGGCUGGGGUGGGGGCGGGGGAGCAGGACGGGAGUACGAGGAGCCUGACCACCAGGGGCUGAAGGACCCUCCCAAGGUUUUGUUACCUUUAAGGACUCAUGAUGUAA